AUGAAGCUUGACAGCAUUCUCCAAACUCUCUGGGUCCUUCCCACGUUUAUUACAUUUGCCAACUCUCAUUCAUGGGUGGAACAGCUCACGGUGAUCGCGGCAAAUGGAACGUUUAUCGGCACCCCAGGGUAUGCCCGAGGCAAUUAUCUUCGGAUGGCCGCAGGAUUCAAUGAUUCGACCAUGACAUAUUUGAUCCCGCCCGAUGGUCGGCAGAACGUGACACUCGUCCUUCCUACCGACAGGAUUUGCAAGAGCACCCAGCAGACCCAGACUCAGACCGACGGUAGCCCUCGACUGCAAGCCAGCGCUGGCGCGGCGAUUGCACUCCGCUACCAAGAGAACGGCCAUGUCACUCUUCCUUGGAACCAGCCCGGAAAGUCCAAGAACCGGGGCACCGUGUACAUCUACGGAACUACGGAGCCCAAGCAAGGAGAAACGCUCCUCGACGUGCACGGGGCUUGGAACGCGGAUGGCACAGGAGGCGAUAAACGAGGCGUGCUCCUGUCUACGCAGAACUUCGACGACGGCCGCUGUUACCAGAUCAACACUGGAAAUAUCUCCGAGUCUCGCCAGGAGACAUACCCACACCAGGCCAACAAGCUGAUGGGAGCAGAUCUCUGGUGUCAACAGGAUGUUCAGCUGCCGUCCACUGCCCCAUCGGGAAAAUUGUACACGCUCUACUGGGUGUGGGACUGGCCCACCCUCCCAGGUGUCGAUCCAACAUACCCACAUGGCAAGAAGGAGAUCUACACCACCUGUAUGGACAUCGACGUUACUGGUACAUCCAAUACCCAUGCACAGGAGCAGGACGACUAUGUCACUGGCCAGGAUCUCAACAGCGCUGCCGUCCCGUCGGAGUUUGCCGAUCUGAAUAAUGAAGGGUCUGCCAAGCCGACCGAGUCAUCAUCAUCAGUAGAGUCGGCUGCAACUGCUACAACCGCUAGAACCGUGUGGCAGACAUUCACUUCCACUAUUCCCACGGUCACCGAGACUGCUUGGCGGACCAUGGAAAAGACCGUGACCAUUAGAGACUGUCAACCGACAGGAAAUGCCAACUGGGGCGAGUAG